AUGCAGAACAAAUUUCUAAUUUUGGGAUUUUUUGCUGUGGUUGCAGUCACAGAGAGCGUGCUUCUUGGACCAAAGGCUAAUGCUCCAGCUCGAGGAGGACAAUGGAGACGGAAGACAAGUGUUAGUAUUUCCGUGCCACACCAUCCCAGCAAAGGGAGUUCAGGGCCAAGCCAGUUGAGUCAAAGUCUGUCGCUAAGAAACCUUAAUCUGCAACCAGGUCAAACUAAGGUCAUCACACAACGUCUUGUGGUGAGAAGACGUCCAAAUGGAAACCCGACUAAAGGAAAACCCUCGCGUGGUGGUCGAAGACGAGGGGGCUCUGGAAGAGGGCAUAAUUUCAGACCUAAUCCUCCUCACAUAGGCAGUGGCCAUGGCCAGAGAGGUGCUUAUCCUUCUAUGACUUCAAAUCAGGGUCAAAGAGGCGCUCAUCCAACUAUGACGUCAAAUGCGGUUGGUCCCCAGCAUGGUUUAUAUCUUCUCAGCCGAAUGCCUUCUGGCAGUCGUUUGAACCAACAUAUGUCUAAUGGCCAUCCAAAUGGAAUGGCGAGCUUACAUUUACCUGUUAUAGAUAUAAGCGGCAUAACGCCAAGUCAACAUUCGUUAGGAGCUGGAGGCGGUGCCGCAGGGGCGUCACUAGGUAUCAGUCAAAAUGGAGGGCAUGGUAUAGGAGCUUCACAGUUUAAUCAACAUGUAGCCCAUCCGACAAUGAACAAUGGUGCAAAUAAUGCCAAUGUCGUCCACACGUAUCUUUCCGGAAACCAAAAAGUAAUUGUACUCCAAGGUCCACAUAGUACGCCUAUAACCAUAGCAGCUCAUCUUGGAAGCAAUGUGAAUAGCUUGAAUAACCAGUUUAAUGGCGCCGGAGUCGCCGGACACUCUUCUUUCAAUCCAAGCCAUAAAACAAAUGCCGGUGUCCCACAAUCCAAAAUCGUGCAGACGACAAUGGAACCCGGCGAGGAUCCGCCAGAGAUCCGGUAA